AUGUCAGAUGUUGAUAAAUUACAAGAAAAAGCCAAGAAAUGGAAACAAUUAAAUAAUAAAAGAUAUAGUGAUAAACGAAAGUUUGGAUAUGUCGAACCACAGAAAGAAGAUAUGCCACCAGAGCAUCUGAGAAAGAUCAUCAAGGAUCACGGUGAUAUGUCGAGCAAGAAGUUCCGACACGACAAACGUGUCUAUCUCGGUGCGCUCAAUAUGUGGGUGACGAUGAAGCGUGAGAAACGUGAUCGUAAGCAUUUCAAACGUAUCAAAUUCCCGUUGUUCGACGACGAAGAGCCACCCCUCGACUACUCUGAGAACAUCCUCGACGAAGAAGUCGAGUAUUCCAUUCAGAUGGAUCUCGACGAGACUGAAGAUGCCGCCGUCAUCGAUUGGUUCUACGAUUCCAAGCCAUUAUCCAACACCAAAUAUGUAAAUGGUCCAUCUUAUAAGAAAUGGAAAUUGGAUUUACCUAUCUUAUCGAAUUUGUUGAGAUUGGCAUCACCUUUGUUGUCGGAUUUGACUGAUAACAACUAUUUCUAUUUGUUUGAUGACAAGUCGUUCUUCACUGCCAAGGCGUUGAAUAUGGCGAUUCCAGGUGGUCCAAAGUUUGAGCCGUUGUUCCGUGAUAUGGAGGAUGACGACGAGGACUGGAAUGAGUUCAACGAUAUCAAUAAGAUUAUCAUUCGUCACAAGAUUCGUACGGAAUACAAGGUAGCUUUCCCCUAUCUCUAUAAUAAUCGUCCACGUAAGGUAGCCAUCCCAUUCUAUCACGCACCGAAUAUCUGCUAUGCCAAAUCGACAGAUCCCGAUCUUCCGGGAUUCUAUUUCGAUCCGGUACUGCUCCACCCCAUUCCCUCGUACAAACUGGACAAGUCGCAGCCACAAACAGCGUAUGGCGAUGAGGACGACGAUUUCGCGCUUCCAGAACAAGUCGAUCCAUUCCUCCAGGAGACAGAGCUCGAUACAGAGACAACACCAGCUGGAAUCCAGUUGUAUUGGGCACCGAAACCAUUCAAUCAACGCUCGGGAUUGACUCGUCGUGCUCAAGAUAUCCCAUUGGUGCAGACUUGGUACAAGGAGCACUGCCCACCUGGACACCCGGUGAAAGUACGUGUCAGCUACCAAAAGUUGCUCAAAUGCUACGUGCUGAACAAGUUGCAUCAUCGUCCACCGAAAUCACUCAACAAGAAAUACCUGUUCCGCUCGCUCAAGGCAACCAAGUUCUUCCAAUCGACGGAAAUCGACUGGGUCGAAGCCGGUCUACAAAUAUGUCGACAAGGUUACAACAUGUUGAAUCUCUUGAUUCAUCGUAAGAAUCUAAACUACUUGCAUUUGGAUUACAAUUUCUAUCUCAAACCAAUCAAGACACUCACCACCAAGGAGCGUAAGAAGUCGCGUUUCGGUAAUGCUUUCCAUUUGUGUCGUGAAAUUCUGAGAAUGACCAAGUUGGUUGUUGAUACGCAUGUCAAGUAUCGUCUGGGUGCUGCCGAAGCAUUCCAGUUGGCAGACGGUCUACAAUAUCUCUUCUCGCAUAUCGGUCUUCUCACCGGUAUGUUCCGUUACAAGUAUCGUUUGAUGCGACAGAUUCGUAUGUGUAAGGAUUUGAAACAUCUGAUCUACUACCGAUUCAAUACUGGUCCAGUUGGAAAGGGUCCCGGUUGCGGAUUCUGGGCACCGAUGUGGCGUGUCUGGCUGUUCUUCUUGCGUGGAAUCGUUCCGCUGCUGGAGCGUUGGAUUGGUAAUCUUUUGGCGCGUCAAUUCGAGGGUAGACAGAACGACACUGUCAAGACACAGACCAAGCAGCGUGUCGAGUCUGACCACGACGUGAAGUUGCGUGCUGCCGUCGUCAUUGAUAUCCUCGAUAUGAUGCCCGAGGGCGUCAAGGAGAACAAGACACGUAUCAUCCUCCAACAUCUUUCAGAGUCGUGGCGUUGCUGGAAAGCCAAUAUUCCAUGGAAAGUUCCGGGUCUACCGAUUCCCAUUGAGAAUAUGAUUCUGCGUUUCGUAAAGAGCAAGGCAGAUUGGUGGACAAACGUGGCGCAGUAUAAUCGUGAGCGUAUCCGUCGUGGUGCUACCGUCGACAAGACCGUUUGCAAGAAGAAUCUCGGUCGUUUGACACGUCUUUCGCUCAAGGCGGAACAGGAGCGUCAACACAACUACUUGAAGGACGGUCCCUAUGUCUCUGCAGAGGAGGGUGUCGCCAUCUACACCACCACUGUCCAUUGGCUUGAACAACGUCGUUUCUCAUCGAUUCCAUUCCCACAGACAAGCUACAAGCAUGACAUCAAGAUUUUGACAUUGGCACUUGAGCGUCUCAAGGAAGCGUACAGUGUCAAGUCGCGUCUAAAUCAAUCGCAACGUGAGGAACUCGUUCUCAUCGAACAAGCCUAUGAGAAUCCUCAUGAAGCACUCGCACGUAUCAAGCGACAUCUCCUGACACAGCGAACUUUCAAGGAGGUUGGAAUCGAAUUUAUGGAUCUUUACACUCACUUGACUCCAGUGUACGAUGUGGAGCCAUUCGAGAAGAUCACCGAUGCCUACUUGGAUCAGUAUCUCUGGUAUGAGGCGGACAAGCGUCAGUUGUUCCCCAACUGGGUGAAGCCAUCCGACAAUGAGCCAGCCCCUGUUCUCGUCCACAAGUGGUGCCAGGGUGUCAAUAACUUGGAUUCCAUCUGGGAUACAUCCGACGGAGAAUGUGUCGUUAUGAUGGAAACACAGCUGAGCAAAGUCUACGAGAAGAUGGAUCUCACUUUGAUGAAUCGUUUGCUUCGUUUGAUUGUCGACCAGAAUCUCGCUGACUACAUGUCCGGUAAGAACAAUGUGGUUAUCAACUUCAAGGACAUGAAUCAUACCAACUCCUACGGUUUGAUUCGUGGUCUACAGUUUGCAUCGUUCAUCUUCCAGUACUAUGGAUUGGUGUUGGAUCUUUUGAUUCUCGGUCUGAAUCGUGCUGCUGAAAUAGCCGGUCCUCCCAAUCUCCCCAAUCCAUUCUUGACCUACAAGGAUGUCGAGACAGAGACUAACCACCCGAUCAGACUCUACACAAGAAACGUCGAUCGUAUUCACAUCCUCUUUAAAUUCACACAGGACGAAUCGCGAGAGUUGAUUCAAAAGUACAUGUCGGAGCAUCCCGAUCCCAACAAUGAAAACGUCGUUGGCUACAACAACAAGAAAUGUUGGCCAAGAGAUUGUCGUAUGCGUUUGAUGAAACACGACGUCAACUUGGGUCGUGCCGUCUUCUGGAACAUCAAGAAUCGUCUUCCACGUUCGUUGACCACUAUCGAGUGGGACGAGUCAUUCGUGUCUGUCUACUCACGUGACAAUCCCAACUUGUUGUUCAGCAUGUCUGGUUUUGAAGUGAGAAUACUUCCAAAGUGUCGUGCAACCAACGAACAAAUGAUACCAAAGGACAGUGUUUGGAGUCUACAGAACAUGAACACUCGUGAGAGAACCGCACAGGCCUAUUUGCGUGUGGAUCGCGACUCUAUGGAGCGUUUCGAAAAUCGUAUCAGAAUGAUCUUGAUGGCAUCGGGAUCGACUACCUUUACAAAGAUUGUCAACAAGUGGAAUACCGCUCUGAUCGGUUUGAUGACUUACUAUCGUGAGGCGGUUGUCGUGACGCGUGAGAUGCUCGACAUGCUGGUGCGUUGUGAAAACAAGAUUCAGACACGUGUCAAGAUCGGUCUCAACUCAAAGAUGCCCAACAGAUUCCCGCCGGUUGUCUUUUACACUCCAAAGGAGCUGGGUGGACUCGGUAUGUUGUCGAUGGGUCACGUCUUGAUUCCACAGUCCGACCUUCGUUAUUCGCGUCAGACCGACACUGGAAUCACUCAUUUCACAUCGGGUAUGUCACACGACGAGGAUCAGUUGAUUCCAAAUCUCUACCGUUAUAUCCAGCCAUGGGAACAAGAGAUCAAGGAUUCCCAACGUGUCUGGGCAGAGUACGCUCUGAAAUACGAAGAAGCCAAGUCACAGAACAAGAAUCUCGCACUCGAGGAUCUCGAAGACAGUUGGGAUCGUGGUAUUCCACGUAUCAAUACACUGUUCCAAAAGAGCAGACACACUCUUGCCUAUGACAAAGGUUGGCGUGUUCGUACCGACUGGAAACAGUACCAGGUGCUCAAAUCCAAUCCGUUCUGGUGGACCAAUCAACGUCAUGACGGUAAGCUGUGGAAUCUCAACAACUACCGUACCGAUAUGAUUCAGGCAUUGGGUGGUGUCGAAGGUAUCCUAGAGCACACACUCUUCAAGGGAACCUACUUCCCAACUUGGGAAGGUCUGUUCUGGGAGAAGGCAUCCGGUUUCGAAGAGUCGAUGAAAUACAAGAAACUUACACAUGCACAACGUUCCGGUUUGAAUCAGAUUCCGAAUCGUCGUUUCACACUCUGGUGGUCACCAACCAUCAAUCGUAAGAAUGUCUACGUUGGUUUCCAAGUGCAGCUGGAUUUGACCGGUAUUUUCAUGCACGCUAUUCACCCGAGAAAGUCGUACAAGAUGAAUUCAUCGUGUGCCGACAUCUUGUUGCGUGCCGCUCACAAAUGGCAAGUGUCACGUCCAUCGAUUCUCCAGGACACUCGUGACACCUACGACGGAUCCACCACUCAAUAUUGGCUCGACGUCCAGUUGAAGUGGGGUGACUUUGAUUCACACGACAUCGAGCGUUACAGUCGUGCCAAAUUCCUCGAUUACACCAUGGAUCAGAUGUCUUUCUAUCCAUCGCCGACCGGUUGUCUCAUCGGUAUCGAUCUGGCAUACAACAUCUACAGUUCCUUCGGUAACUGGUUCCCCGGUGUCAAACCGCUGGUUCAACGUGCAAUGGACAAGAUUAUGAAGUCCAAUCCUGCGCUCUAUGUGUUGCGUGAGCGUAUUCGUAAGGGUUUAUCAUCUGGGUUCGUCGAUGACACCAAUGUCUAUCGUGUCACCAUUCACAAGACAUUCGAGGGUAAUCUUGCUACCAAGCCAAUCAACGGUGCCAUUUUUAUCUUUAAUCCAAGAACCGGUCAGUUGUUCCUCAAGAUCAUUCACACCGAUGUCUGGCUUGGUCAGAAGCGUCUUGGUCAGCUGGCCAAGUGGAAGACUGCAGAAGAAGUUGCUGCUCUCAUUCGUUCGCUCCCAGUAGAAGAACAACCAAAGCAAAUCGUUGUCACCAGAAAAGGUAUGUUGGAUCCACUGGAAGUUCAUUUGCUCGAUUUCCCCAAUAUCGUUAUCCAAGGUAGUGAGCUUCAACUGCCAUUCCAAUCGUGUCUAAAGAUUGAGAAGUUCGGUGACUUGAUUCUCAAGGCGACAGAACCAAAGAUGGUUCUCUUUAACAUCUACGACGAUUGGUUGAACACCAUCCCUUCGUACACUGCAUUCUCACGUCUCAUUUUGAUUCUUCGUGCGCUCCACGUCAACAACGAGAGAACCAAGAUCAUCCUCAAACCCGACAAGAACACAAUUACCCAACCACAUCACAUUUGGCCAACCCUCACCGAUCAAGAGUGGAUCAAGGUUGAAGUUGCCCUCAAGGAUUUGAUUCUUGCCGAUUUCGGUAAGAAGAACAAUGUCAAUGUUGCAUCGCUCACUCAAUCAGAGAUUAGAGAUAUCAUUCUCGGUAUGGAGAUCUCUGCUCCAUCGCAACAACGUGAAGACCAAAUCGCUGAGAUCGAUAAACAGAAACAGGAGGCCAGUCAGUUGACUGCGGUCACUGUUCGUACCACCAACAUCCACGGUGAGGAAAUCAUUUCCACAGCGACAUCGCCACACGAACAAAAAGUAUUCUCCAGUAAGACAGACUGGCGUGUUCGUGCCAUCUCUGCUACCAACUUGCAUAUGCGUACCAAUCAGAUCUACGUCAACUCUGACUUUGUCAAGGAGACAGGCUACACCUAUGUCGUUCCCAAGAACAUCUUGAAGAAAUUCAUUACCAUCGCAGAUCUACGUACUCAAAUCGCCGGUUACAUCUACGGUAUCAGUCCACCCGACAAUCCUCAAGUCAAGGAGAUCCGUUGUAUUGUAAUGGUUCCACAAUGGGGAACACCAGUGUUUGUCAACGUUCCCAAUCAGAUGCCAGAGCACGAAUAUCUCAAAGAUCUCGAACCACUCGGUUGGAUUCACACUCAACCAACGGAACUACCUCAGUUGUCUCCUCAAGAGUGUAUCACUCACUCCAAGAUUAUGUCUGACAACAAAUCGUGGGACGGCGAGAAAGCAAUCAUCAUCUCGGUGUCUGUCUCAUGGCCAUGUACACUCACCGCUUACAAACUUACACCAGCCGGAUACGAAUGGGGUAAGGCCAACAAAGACUCACAGGCUUACCAAGGAUUCCAACCAUCUCACUAUGAAAAGGUUCAAAUGUUGCUAUCUGACCGUUUCCUAGGUUUCUACAUGAUUCCAGAUCGUGGUAGUUGGAAUUACAACUUUAUGGGUGUCAAACACUCUGCCAACAUGACCUACGGUUUGAAACUCGAUUAUCCAAAGAAUUUCUACGACGAAGCACAUCGUCCAUCUCAUUUCCACAACUGGACUCAAGUUUCAUCUGAAAUCAAUGAAGAUAAUGAAGCUGCCGAUCAAGAGAAUCUAUUUGAAUAA